GCGGUUCCUCUGCAGGGCUGGGGCUGCUGAGCCGGGGCUGGUGGGGGCCGAGCCGCAGCGGGGCGCGUGCGAGGUGAAGCGCUGGCUCCUGCCCUGUGAGGAGCCGCUGCCUGCCGGGGGUGGGACUGGGAGCCCGCCCCCCCUCGUUGCCACCCCCCGUUCGCGGGGCGGGGCGGGGCUGGCCCGCCGGAGCAGGGCGGGGGACGCGGGCACCUUGUGCGCCGAGCAGGCGGUGGCAGCGGCAGAUUCCCGGUGCGUCCCCAGGCGCCGUCCAGCGUGUGGCUGUGCAGCGGUCGAGAUUAUACACCUCAUAUGACUAACUUGAAGAAAAGGAGCUAACCAUGGGACGACAUUCAAGAUUCCUCUCUGGAAAGGGUUGCUGAUGUCUCACUCUUCUAUUUGGGUGAUGUGUAUCUGCUCAUCUGACUGUCUUCAUAUCUAAAGGAUUUAUUUUACUUUUGGAAGUACUUCAAGUCGAAAUUUUUGUUCCUUUUUGGAAACUGUUUCCUCAUUCUAAGGACUGUAUACAUCAUGGGUGACAUGGCUAACAACUCAGUUGCAUACAGUGGUGUAAAAAACUCUGUAAAAGAAUCUAAUCAUGGAGAUUUUGGAAUCUCACUUGAAGAGCUCCGUGCCCUUAUGGAACUGCGAUCUACAGAUGCAGUGCAUAAAAUACAAGAAUGUUAUGGAGAUGUCUAUGCUAUCUGUACAAGAUUGAAAACUUCACCAAAUGAAGGUCUAAGUGGAAAUCCAGCCGAUAUAGAGAGAAGAGAAGCAGUGUUUGGGAAGAACUUUAUACCUCCUAAAAAGCCAAAAACAUUUCUUCAGUUAGUAUGGGAAGCACUACAGGAUGUUACCCUAAUUAUAUUAGAAAUUGCAGCCAUAAUAUCAUUGGGCCUUUCUUUUUACCAGCCUCCAGGAGGGAACGAAGCAUCAUGUGGAGCAGUGACUGUUGGUGAAGAAGAGGAGGAAGGUGAAACAGGUUGGAUUGAAGGAGCUGCAAUCCUUUUAUCUGUAGUUUGUGUGGUAUUGGUAACCGCUUUCAAUGACUGGAGUAAAGAGAAACAAUUUAGGGGGCUGCAGAGCCGCAUUGAACAAGAACAGAAGUUCACUGUCAUCAGGGGUGGACAAGUCAUCCAGAUACCAGUAGCCGACAUAAUUGUUGGGGAUAUUGCGCAAGUAAAAUAUGGUGAUCUUCUGCCAGCUGAUGGUGUACUUAUUCAAGGAAAUGACCUUAAAAUUGAUGAAAGCUCAUUGACUGGAGAAUCAGAUCAGGUUAAAAAGACUUUGGAUAAAGAUCCUAUGCUGCUGUCAGGUACCCAUGUGAUGGAAGGCUCUGGAAGAAUGGUAGUUACUGCUGUAGGUGUGAACUCUCAAACUGGAAUUAUAUUUACCUUACUUGGGGCUGGAGGAGAUGAUGAAGAGAAAGAGAAGGAGAAAAAGGACAAGAAAAGUAAAAAACAAGAUGGAGCUGUUGAGAACCGCAACAAAGCCAAAGCUCAAGAUGGUGCAGCCAUGGAAAUGCAACCCUUGAAGAGUGAAGAUGGUGGAGAUGGCGAUGAGAAAGACAAGAAGAGAGCAAACAUGCCAAAGAAAGAAAAAUCAGUUCUACAAGGCAAACUUACAAAGCUAGCAGUUCAGAUUGGCAAAGCAGGUUUGUUGAUGUCUGCAAUCACAGUCAUUAUCCUUAUCUUGUAUUUUGUAAUUGAUACCUUCUGGGUUCAGAAGCGACCUUGGCUUGCUGAAUGCACACCAAUUUAUAUUCAAUACUUUGUGAAGUUCUUCAUUAUUGGAGUUACAGUCCUGGUGGUGGCGGUACCAGAAGGUCUUCCACUUGCAGUCACUAUUUCACUGGCUUACUCUGUAAAGAAAAUGAUGAAAGAUAAUAAUUUGGUGAGACACCUGGAUGCUUGUGAAACAAUGGGCAAUGCAACAGCCAUUUGCUCAGAUAAAACUGGAACAUUGACCAUGAACAGAAUGACAGUGGUGCAGGCUUUUGUCAGUGAAAAACAUUAUAAAAAAAUUCCAGAACCAGAUGCUAUUCCUGAGAAAACUCUGGCUCAUCUUGUAACAGGAAUUUCUGUUAAUUGUGCUUAUACUUCCAAAAUACUGCCUCCUGAAAAAGAAGGUGGCCUACCACGUCAUGUUGGUAAUAAAACAGAAUGUGCCUUGCUAGGAUUGCUUCUGGAUUUAAAACGAGAUUAUCAGGACGUAAGAAAUGAAAUACCAGAAGAGGCACUGUACAAAGUAUACACCUUCAACUCAGUCAGAAAAUCAAUGAGUACGGUGUUAAAAAAUUCUGAUGGCAGUUUUCGGAUAUUCAGCAAGGGUGCCUCUGAGAUAGUUCUUAAAAAGUGCUUCAAAAUAUUGAGUGCUAAUGGUGAACCAAAGGCAUUCAGACCUAGGGACCGUGAUGAUAUUAUAAAAACUGUGAUUGAACCUAUGGCCUCUGAGGGACUCAGAACUAUAUGUCUAGCAUUCAGAGACUUCCCAGCAGGAGAACCUGAGCCAGAGUGGGACAAUGAAAAUGAUAUUGUCACUGGUCUUACAUGCAUUGCUGUUGUAGGGAUUGAAGAUCCUGUGAGGCCUGAGGUACCAGAUGCAAUAAAAAAAUGCCAGCGUGCUGGUAUAACUGUGCGUAUGGUCACUGGUGAUAACAUUAACACUGCUCGUGCUAUUGCUUCAAAAUGUGGCAUUUUGAAUCCUGGUGAAGACUUCAUAUGCCUAGAGGGGAAAGACUUCAACAGACGAAUACGUAAUGAAAAAGGAGAGAUAGAGCAAGAGCGAAUAGAUAAGAUUUGGCCAAAGCUUCGUGUGCUUGCAAGAUCUUCACCCACGGACAAACACACAUUGGUAAAAGGUAUAAUUGACAGCACUGUCUCAGAGCAGAGACAAGUUGUAGCUGUAACUGGAGAUGGCACUAAUGAUGGUCCAGCAUUGAAGAAAGCAGAUGUUGGCUUUGCCAUGGGUAUUGCUGGAACAGAUGUAGCUAAAGAAGCUUCUGAUAUUAUUCUCACAGAUGAUAACUUCACAAGCAUUGUUAAAGCAGUUAUGUGGGGACGAAAUGUUUAUGACAGUAUCUCCAAAUUUCUUCAGUUCCAGCUUACUGUCAAUGUCGUAGCAGUAAUUGUUGCUUUCACAGGAGCAUGUAUUACACAAGAUUCUCCACUUAAAGCUGUGCAGAUGUUGUGGGUAAAUCUCAUAAUGGACACAUUAGCAUCUCUUGCUCUGGCAACGGAACCACCUACUGAAUCUCUAUUGCUGCGGAAACCUUAUGGUAGAAAUAAACCUCUGAUCUCUCGCACGAUGAUGAAGAAUAUUUUGGGUCAUGCAGUCUAUCAACUUGUGGUAGUCUUUACACUCCUGUUUGCUGGUGAGAGAAUUUUUGAUAUUGAUAGUGGAAGAAAUGCACCUCUGCAUGCUCCUCCUUCAGAGCAUUACACUAUUGUUUUUAAUACAUUUGUGAUGAUGCAACUUUUUAAUGAAAUCAAUGCCCGGAAAAUCCACGGUGAAAGAAAUGUUUUUGAAGGAAUCUUCAACAAUGCCAUCUUCUGUAUUAUUGUUCUGGGCACGUUUAUUGUGCAGAUAAUUAUUGUACAGUUUGGUGGGAAACCUUUCAGUUGUUCAGAACUUACAAUAGAACAUUGGCUAUGGUCCGUUUUCCUGGGAAUGGGAACACUACUCUGGGGCCAGCUGAUCUCAACAAUUCCAACCAGCCGUUUGAAAUUCCUUAAAGAAGCUGGGCAUGGAACACAGAAGGAGGAGAUUCCCGAAGAAGAGUUUUCAGAAGAUGUAGAAGAGAUUGAUCAUGCUGAAAGAGAACUGCGUCGUGGUCAGAUCUUGUGGUUUAGGGGCCUGAACAGGAUACAAACUCAGAUCCGAGUGGUGAAUGCAUUUCGUAGUUCCUUAUAUGAAGGAUUAGAAAAACCUGAGACACGAAGUUCAAUUCACAAUUUUAUGACGCAUCCUGAGUUUAGAAUAGAAGAUUCUGAGCCUCAUAUUCCCCUUAUUGAUGAUACUGAUGCUGAAGAUGAUGCUCCAACAAAACGCAACUCCACUCCUCCCCCUUCUCCCAACAAAAAUAACAAUGCGGUUGACAGUGGAAUUCACCUUACAACAGACAUGAACAAGUCUGCUACCUCUUCAUCCCCAGGGAGCCCACUACAUAGUUUGGAAACAUCACUCUGAUUGUAAGCUGAAUGUUAACACACUAGCUGCAUUGUAAAGAAACAAAUUGAAACUGGGUCUUUUCACACAUUGUGAUGGACAAGAUAGUAGUCUUGUCCUGGACUUCAACAGAAGACACACUUGUACGAAUGUAGAUUUAUUUUUUUAAAAAAGCUUUCUGCCAGACUUGAGGGUGCUUUUGGGGGGCGGGGAUAAUAAUGAACUCUGACAGAUAAACGGUAACUCGGCAUAAGUGACCUGCGGAUCAUCAGUUGUACUUAAUGGUCCUGAACAGUGUGUUAGAACUUUAGUUUAUCUUGAUCCUUUUGAGGGGAGGGCUGGGAAGGGCAAAGAAGCCCUGGAUCAUUGAAUUGAUACUUAAAUUUCUGCUGUUGGCUGUUAAUAAUUUGGAUUAUUUAUGUUUAUAAAUGAUACAGAUCUGUUUACAAGGUUUGUAGAUACUUUUUUGUUCCUGUUCUUAGAUGGGAAGCUUCCUUAUAAAUGAUGCAGAGAAAAAAAUUAGUCCUUCAAAUACUGCUGUAUUUUCAGGAAAAGGGUGUUUCUAUUGAAACUGUACUAAAUUUUGCCUGCAAUUUACUUUGUUAAAUAUUGUAGAUAAAUUGCUAAUACUAAUAGCCAAAUAGAUAACACUAAUGCUUUGUAAAAACAUGAGCAGUGGUGUUCUAAUGAAGUUAUGGCCUCUGUCCUAAUUAGUUUCUUAAAUACAUUUACUACUUAAUGGUUUUGAAACAACUGUUUAAUUUUUAAAAAUUUUGAGAAACUUACUGAAUAACUUUUUUUGUUCAGAAUUUAGUAGAGGAUUGUUUAAUGCAGGACAUCAAUAUGUGAUGGAACUUGCUUGAAAUACUUUUGUUAUCUCAGGCAAAAUGGAUUAAAUCAAAAUACAUCAGAACCUUAGUCCUUUUUGUUUUUGUCUAAACAUGUUAGCAUAGUGCUGUCUUGGUGAAUUGUGAGUGGAACUGUGUUGAUUUUUCUAAUAUAUAGAAUCCUUCAUACAGCAUGAGGGCUGUUGGCAUUUUGAAAGGUUGUUAGUAGGUAGCAUACCUGUUUUCCUUUUUGUUUUUGGAAUUUGUUUGUAAACAUGAAUAAAUCUGCCCUUUUAUUAAAAUAAA